UGUGGCGGUAACCGGUAGUUCACUCAGCUCCUUCAGUUUGACGUUAUUUGCACAGCCACGACGAUUUCGACCUAAGACGUGAAAACCUGUUUUUUUAUUUCCGAGUCUGGGCUUCCGUACGAUGAUAACAGAACUAUCGGUGCUUCUGGGGAGUCGUCCUCCCGUACCCGGGUGAGAAAUGUCCGUUGUCACGGUUCAGCUCGGUCAGUGCGGUAACCAGCUGGGUCAUGAGCUGUUUGACACCCUCUGUAGUGAUGCUCUGGACGGACAGAGGAGUCUGUACCGGACGGCCAGCUGUGAGCGGUUCUUUGACCGUACAGUACAUGGAGAGCUUGUUGCCAGGGCGGUCCUCGUUGACAUGGAGCCCAAAGUUAUCAACCAGAGUAUCAGCAGAGCUGCGAAAUCAGGGAGGUGGAGGUAUGGAGAAGGUUCGCACUUCAGUCAGAAACAAGGCUCUGGAAACAACUGGGCUAAUGGGUUUUGUAUCCAUGGUCCUCGUCACAGAGAUGCGGUGGAAGAGCUGGUGAGGCGAGAGGUGGAGCGCUGUGACAGGUUGGCCGGGCUCAUGGCUGUAAUGAGUGUAGCCGGUGGAACGGGAUCUGGUGUCGGUACCUACGUAACUCGCUGUCUCAGAGACAUCUUUCCCAAGUCCUUCAUCCUUAACCACCUCACCUGGCCAUACGGGACUGGAGAGGUGAUUGUCCAGAACUACAACUCUGUGCUGACACUUGCUCACCUCUACCAGCUGUCUGACGCCAUCCUCGUACAUGAGAACGACACGGUACACAGGAUCUGUAGUCAGCUGCUUAACAUCAGACACAUCUCCUUCAGUGACGUCAACAGGGUCAUGGCUCACCAGCUCGGCAGCGUUCUUCAGCCGGCACUCAGUGCUGACUCCAGCGGAGUUUACAGCAGAAACCCUCUGGGAGAGCUGGUGAGUUCCCUUGCGUGCCACCCAGAGUACAAGCUGCUCAGUGUGAGUACGAUCCCUCAGAUGCCAAGCUCCUCCAUAGCGUACAGCACGUUCAGCUGGCCAGGCCUGCUCAAACACCUGCGCCAGAUGCUGAUCUCCAACAGUAAGAUGGAGGAAGGUAUAGACUGGCAGGUGCAGCUACCUGGAGCAUCGGAGCAGAGCAGCAGUCUAACAGCACCCAGCUUUAACACCUCUCUGGCCAACCUGCUCAUACUAAGAGGGAGAGACGUGUACAGCUCAGACACAGAUAGUUUUAAGGACCCAGCCCUCUACACCUCCUGGCUCUCAUCCUCAGAAGCUUUCAGCGUGUGGAAAUCUCCAGUGCCAUUUAAUAAAUAUGAAAAAUCAGCCGCACUGGUCAGCAACAGCAAGGCUCUGCUCAGACCACUGGAUAACAUGGUGGGGAAGGCUUGGAAUAUGUUUGCAUCCAGGGCCUACAUCCAUCAGUACAUAAAGUUUGGAAUUUCAGAGGAGGAUUUUCUCGACAGUCUCACAUCUCUUGAGCAAGUUAUCUCCAGCUACAGACUUCUGGGACUGUAAUGUGCCACUGUUGUCUUGGACUGUGUGAACAACAGAAAGCAGACAGACAUGGGAGCGGCUGCUGUUAUACAAAAACAAUUCUAGUUUACAUAAUUCUGCUGUGUGUUAGAAAUUCAGUCACAAGUACAUCAUAACUACCUCAAAAACAAUGUUUGUUUUGAUUUUUCUGAUGUUUCCUGAGUUUGUUUUAUGACAAUUUCAGAAUGUUAGAAGUUAAAGUUGCAUAAAUAUUUGUGAUACAGAUGUUGUCAAAUCACGGAGUAAUUGUGUUUAGUCCUGAUCACAUCAGUCACUGUAAUUCUGAAUUAAAGGAAUGCACUAAAACUGUUUUUUGACAAUUUAUGUGUCAAUAUUUACAGAUUAAUUUGACCCCAUAGUGAUACUGAUAUUUAAAUGUAGUUCAGACCUAAAACUUCAAACAGACUUUAAGGAAUGAUGAUUGAUAAAGACAAAGACUACAGCUGAUGUUGGCCUGUUGGUUCAGCUUCCACCAACUUAUUUGUACGUGAAGCCAAUAUUUACGGCUGAUACAGUUCAAUUUUAUAGACUAUCGGCAAAAAAAUCUAUCUGCCGAUAACAAUAAUUCCUUUUUGAUAUGUAAGACAUAUCCUCAUCCAUUUUUUUUUUUUUAAGCCAACUUUGUGUGAUUUUUCGUGUGACGUCUUUAUUGAUAGAGGAGGACAGUGAAUAGAAUUGGAAACAGGGAUGAGAGACGUUGAGAAUGGUGCCACAGGUCAGACUUGAACCCCGGGUUGACCACUUCCAUGGGGUGCAGCCUAACCACUAUGCCCAGGCUAUUCAGUUUGAGGCCCUAGGGCCAGGUCAGGCACCAGAGGUCAUUUUUAGUGGUCCUUUGAGUGGACUACUAAUGCUUUAAAAUGAUGCACACAUGAUUUUUAUUUUAAGAAACACAGAUUUAUUAUAUUUGCAUUAGAGUCUGUCACAUUAAUUUCCCAAUGCACUUGUCCCACCUCUCAGUGUGGGAAUGACAAUGAAAGAUAAAAGUUGCAGAGAGCUCACAGUUCAACAACCAAUAGGCAGAGAAGAAUUUGACCACUGGCACCACUUUUUUCUCUUGGCUUUUAGGUUUACUGUAAGAUUUUAGGGUAACCUCAUGUUAUGAGCAAAAAAAAAGCAUCAUUUUUCAGGCUAGACUGCAAAAUCAGCAUCACUGUAAAAGCAUUCUAGCAUCAGUUUAUGAAGAGUAAUCCAAAAUAAGUUUCUUAGUGUAUGCCAUGUGAGAUCCCUAUGGCCCUUCAUUUGGGAUCCUUUUUCCAGAACAGGCCAUCAUCUAAACUAACUGAAUAACCAUGCCAUCCUUCCCCCACACUUUGUAUGAUUGUAAUCAUCUUUCUCAUCAAAAUGUUGCAUAAAUAGUCUCCAGAAAUCAGUGUUAGAUGUUCUACAUUUCCUGGAGAACCCCAGACAGCUCUCUGACUUUGUCUGACACUGUGAUUUAUUAAACUCUGUACUGUUGAGAAACAACAGUCCAUUUCUCCAACAUUUGGGCUACCAGCUACCCUCUUUUUCUCCAGCUUUAGCCUUUGAUUGUAUUGAUCAUGAGCUUCUCAACUUCAAAUUAUUAAAUGUAGGUAUUGAUGGAAAAUUUUAUAAUUCUCUAAAAGCUAUCUACCAAAACCCAGUAUCUUGUGUGCAGGUAAAUGAUUAUAGAACAGGCUGGUUCCCAACACCUUUUGGUGUAAAACAGGGUGAUGUGCUCUCUCCUACACUGUUUGCAAUCUAUAUAAAUGGUUUAAUCACUGAAAUUAAACAGACAGCAACCGGUGUUCAAGUAGGUGAACUAAAGGUAGCCACCCUGCUAUAUGCAGAUGAUAUAGUCCUCCUUGCAGAGACUGAAAACGAUCUUCAGCAUCUGUUAAAUAGUGUUUGCUGUUGGUGCAGUAAAUGGAGAUUAAAAAUAAAUAGAGAUAAAACUCAGAUUAUGCAUUUCAGGAAGAAGGGGCAGCCACAAACUGAGUUUGAAUUUUGUUUUGGUUCUACUCCCCUUUUAUUUACU